AUGAACUUCAACAAGAUCUUUGUCUUUGUCGUUCUCAUCCUGGCAAUCAGCUUGGGAUCAGAAGCCGGCUGGCUUAGAAAGCUGGGGAAGAAAAUCGAACGCAUAGGACAGCACACUCGGGAUGCCACAAUCCAAGUUAUCGGAAUCGCCCAACAAGCCGCCAAUGUGGCAGCCACGGCUCGAGGUUGAAGAUCGGGGAGGAUUCCACAUUCAUAGACUGCCGGAAAAUCUUAUUUAUUUUAUUUUCUAAGUAACAAAUUUUAUUUUAUUACGU